ACGAAGCACGGGAAACGCAAACAACUCGUCAACUAUCUUUGGGAUCGCUAACGAGACGUAAAUUAUUUCGCGGUUCCCUCGCGUCACGAUGAUUUUGGCAAAUAUCGUUCAAAUUUUUUCGUGAUUAUUUUAUUCAAAGUGUGCGAACAAAACGUAGAAGUCUAAAUCCCUUGUGAAAUUCAAAUGUGCACCGUAGUCUGGAUAAUCGAGCUCCAGCUGCCGGAGAGCUGCGCCGACUUUGGAGGUCUGACCUUUUUCCACAUUUCCGGGACCUAAUUCGAACAAUCUACUGACCCAGAAGGGCACGAUUCGGUGAAGAAGGGCAGGGGAAACGACAAAAUGGGGAGACAGGUGCCGAAGAUGUCGGCCAGGGUGGUCAACGCAAUCAGAAAUCUGCGAGAGGCGCACGGCUCCACGUCUAAGGAAAUUAUGAAUUAUAUCAUGUCACAAUACAGCGCGCCGGAAGCGACCAUACAGCGACAGAUGCAAGCAGCGUUGAAACGGGGCCUGGACUACGGUAUCCUGAAGAAGAACAACGGCCACUACUUUCUGAACACGGACACGGACGUGGCGGAGUUGGCCUCGAGCAUGGCUCCCGUGGAAAGGAGCAGAAGACGAAGAAGCAGACGAAGAAAAUCACGAAGACGUAGCCGAGGAAGGAGGCGUAGGAGAGGUCGCAGAGGUCGAUCGCGACGAAGGCGGAGACGAAGCGGCAGGAGACGGGCUGCUACGACCAGACGGAUAGGAUGCACCAGGUGCAGGUGCACCAAACGAAGCAGAAACAUGCACGUCCUGAGGGACGAGCCGGUGGAACAACAAGAGGGACCGACCUGCGACUGCGAGAACGAAAUCAACCAGGAGCGUCAGAACAGACAGAGUAAGAGUCGAGAACGUAGCCUGAGUCACAGUCGAUCAUCGGCGAACAGCGAUCGAGAUGGUGCGGACGAUCGACAGGAGAUUCCUGAUCAAGAUUAAUGCACCGAACGACGGCGACUCGGUUUUGUGCCGCGAUCCUGAGCAUCGUUAGUGGCGACAAUCUCUCAGCACAUUGUCAGCGUCGCUCGGCUUAAAGACGUCGCGACGUCUCGAACCGUGUCUCCUCGUUAACUAUGUCUGAAUCGUGUACUUUGCCAAUCGUAUUAUGACCGUACCAUGAAUCAUGCCUAUCAUUUUCAUGGAGUGAUGUACUAUGACUGCAUAUCCUUUGUAUCACAGAGAUCCGUGAAUAAAAUUCCAUUGUGAGUCUGUAA